GACGUUUUCUGGCGUGUUACGUCACGGUGGGCGGAAGUCGCGGCCGCUGUUUUGAAAUCGGGCCGCGGGGGGGUAUCUCAAGCUGGUUCCAACGCUUAGGCCCCACAGCCUCCCAAUUCCGGGCAGACCUCUGACACUUGCUGUCUGGCCCCUUACGGCCUGAAGCUGCAGCCGCGCCAUGUCCACCCCUCCGUUGGCCGCGUCGGGGAUGGCGCCCGGGCCCUUCGCCGGGCCCCAGGCUCAGCAGGCCGCCCGGGAAGUCAACACGGCGUCGCUGUGCCGCAUCGGGCAGGAGACAGUGCAGGACAUCGUGUACCGCACCAUGGAGAUCUUCCAGCUCCUGAGGAACAUGCAGCUGCCAAAUGGUGUCACUUACCACACUGGAACAUAUCAAGACCGGUUAACAAAGCUACAGGAUAAUCUUCGCCAACUUUCAGUUCUCUUCAGGAAGCUGAGAUUGGUAUAUGACAAAUGCAAUGAAAACUGUGGCGGGAUGGAUCCCAUUCCAGUCGAGCAACUUAUUCCAUAUGUGGAAGAAGAUGGCUCAAAGAAUGAUGAUCGGGCUGGCCCACCUCGUUUUGCUAGUGAAGAGAGGCGAGAAAUUGCUGAAGUAAAUAAAAAACUCAAACAGAAGAAUCAACAGCUGAAACAAAUUAUGGAUCAAUUACGAAAUCUCAUCUGGGAUAUAAAUGCCAUGUUGGCAAUGAGGAACUAAGCUGAUAUUUAAAUUUCCUGCUUUACACAUGUUAUACCAUUGCUUUUUCCCUCAAGUAUUUUUUCCCCAUGAAGAAGAUUAUUUAUCUGCUUUUAUUUUAGUCACUAAAACUAAAGUGUGUAUUUUUGCAUUGUGAUUUUUACAUUAAAAUAUUAACUUUUUUUAAUGCUAUUAAUUUUAUGAAAGAUUAUUGUAAUAAACUUUGAUGGGGUUUGUAUUUUGGUUAAUCUUCAUGAAUUGAAUAAUUGUUUUUUUAAAGCAAAAUAAAGUUUUUUAAAUAAAUUUUAAAA